AUGGAUUGGUUUCAUUGCAACCAGUGUUUCCGAAAAGAAGGGGCUCACUUCUUUGUCACCAGCUGUGGCCAUAUUUUCUGCAAAAACUGUUUAACUCUGGAAAAAUGUGCCGUUUGUGGAGCUACUUGCAAGCAUCUGGCUCUUUCUGAUAAUCUAAAACCUCAGGAGAAGAUGUUCUUCAAACGCCCUGUGGAGACAGUUUUGCAGUAUUUUAAUCACAUCUCUCAGGUGUGGAGUUUCCAGAAGAAACAAACAGAUCUCCUCCUCGCCUUCUAUAAGCAUAGAAUUACAAAAUUAGAAGCAGACAUUCAGGAGGCCCAGCAAAGAGUAGCCAGUCAAGACAAAGAACUAACUGUUUUAAGGAAGGAGAAUGGAGAACUGAAAACGUUUCUGGCCAUCCUAAAGGAAUCUCCAAGUCGGUACCAAGGAAGCAGAUCAGCUACACCUCGCCCAGUAGGCAUCACCUCACCAUCACAGACAGUUACUCCACGACCUAGUUCUCAGCAUAGCAGCCAAGUGGUCAGUAGGUCUUCCUCAGCAGAGUGUAUCCCAUACAGAGUGGCAGGCUUUGGUAUCUUGGGACAAGGUGGCAGAGGCCUGCAGGGAAGGAGCACUCCCAGAGACUCUUAUACUGAAACCCCUUCACCAGCUUCCACUUACAGCCUAUCUUACAGACCUUCAUCUGCCUCUUCUGGACAGGGAAUUUUCCCCUUAAGAUCAUCUGUAAAUGAGAGAAAUUCCGGUUACACACAAGUCCUCACCCCCAGCAAUUCAGGUCAGAGGGAAAGCAGAACUACACUAGUGACUCUCCCUGGUUCCCGGCUGCCAUUCCUUUAG